AGAGCGAGCAGAAGAAAAAGUAAAAAAGUUGCGACCAUCUUCAUCUUCAUCUUCAUCUUCAUUGUCAGAUCUGUGGAGUGAGUGAGUGUGUGUGUGUGUGUGUGUGUGUGUGUGUGUGUCUGCGUGUGAGGUGAAGAUGAAGGUCUGUGUUGUGGUUCUGGGUCUGGUUCUGGGUCUGGUUCUGACCAUGUGUGUGGCCCGCUCUCCUUACCAGUCAGUUCUGCAGCACAGUCGGAUCAGAGGUCGACAGCAGGGACCAAACGUGUGUGCGAUGCAGCAGAUCAAAGGCACAGAGAAGAAAUAUUUCACCAACUGUAAACAGUGGUACCAUCGCAAAGUCUGUGGAAAACCCACGGUGAUCACUUACGAGUGCUGUCCAGGCUACGAGAGGAUCCCGGGAGAGAAGGGCUGUCCUGCUGGUAUGCCUCUGACCUCUGACCUCUGACCUCUCUGUAGCUUGUGAUUGGCUGACAGGUCUGUGUGUGUGUCUCCACAGCGCUCCCUCUGGGGGCAAGACCUGUGACCUGGAAGUUUCACCUUUGCCUGGGCAACCAGCCUGGAGGAUCGGACGCCUCGGUCAAAAGAAAUAGAGUUGUUGGAACUUCUUCAUUAUCACAUGGUAAAUCACGCUGGCGCAGGGUGCAAACCGGAUCAGUCCUUCCGCCCCAUGUAGGACUUUGACGUGCAUGUGCACCACUACAGCAACGGGAUUGUGACGGUGAACUGCGCCCGUCUCAUCAAACCAGACCAACACGCGACCAACGGUAUCGUGCACGUGGUGGACCGCGUCAUCACCGCCAUCUCCAACAACGUCAACACGUUCAUCGACGUGGACGAGGACCUGGAGACACUGCGCACGGCCAUCGCCGCCGCCGGGCUGACCACCAUGUUGGAGAGCGAGGGCCAGUUCACCAUCUUCGCUCCCACCAACGAGGCCUUUGAGAAGAUGCCUCAGCAGACCCUGAACCGCAUCCUGGGAGACCCCGUGGCACUGAGAGACCUGCUCAACUACCACAUCCUGAAGCAGAUGCGCUGCGCCGAGUCCAUCGUCUCCGGGACUCCGAUGGAGACGCUGCAGGGGACCGUGCUGGAGGUCGGCUGUGACGGAGAUCACAUGACCCUCAACGGGAAGGCCAUCGUCACCAAAACGGAUCAGCUGGGGACAAACGGCGUCGUCCACUACAUCAAUGAGCUGCUCGUCCCCGACUCUGCUAAAACUCUGCUGGAGCUGGCUGAAGGCUCUUCUGUUUCCACGGCAACCAGACUGUUUGUCCAGGCCGGUCUGAGUCCACAGCUCGGCGGCUCCGAGGCGCUGACUCUUCUGGUCCCACUCAACGAAGCCUUUAAAGGAGACGUGUCCAUGUCUCCUGACAUGAAGAAGCUGAUGACCAAUCACGUGCUGAAGGAACGUUUGUCCUCAAAGUCUCUGUAUGAUGGACAGAAGUUGGACACACUCGGAGGAAUCUCACUCAGAGUGUUUGUCUAUAGAAACAAUCUCUGUAUAGAAAACGUGUGUAUUGCCGCUCAUGAUAAAACAGGACGUUUUGCCACAAUGUUCACUGUGGACAAAGUCCUGGCUCCUCCCACAGGGACGAUCAUGGACGUCCUGAAGGCUGACGACCGCUUCAGUCUCCUGGUUGGAGCGAUCCAAACAGCAGGAAUGACAGAGCUGCUCCACCAGCAGGGGGCGCUCACGUUCUUUGCUCCCACCAACGAUGCCUUCAACGCUCUGCCACGACCUGAGCUCAACCAGCUGCUGCGUGAUCAGCAGCAGUUGUUGGCGGUGCUCAUGUCUCACGUUGGCGAGGGCGUGCUGGUGAGCGGUGGAGUGAGUUCUCACACCAGAGUCAAACCUCUGCAGGGAGGAAAGCUGGAACUGGGCGUGAGGAACUACACCGUCUACGUCAACAAGAUCCCAGUGACAGACGCCGACCUGAUGGCCACCAACGGAGUCGUCCACGCCGUGGACAACAUCGUCAAACCUCUGCCUCCAAAGGUGGACAGAGAACAGGCGGACGGACCGGCGCCGCCGAUUGGAUCAGCUACGUCCUCCAAGGUGGAGUCUCGGAGCUUCAGGGACGACGACCUUUUCUCAAAGGUCAUCAGGAGCCACACCAGCAGGACGAUGUCCCGGGGUCAGUGAAUGUCCCGCCUCCACAUAAGUCACACAUGUCACUUCCUGUUUACUGUAAAAACUGUCAGAGGUCAGAGGUCAAACACAGCAUGAGGUUUUUUCCCGUUUUUUGUAAAAUAAAACAAAUAUUUUAGAAA